UUUACAUCUCUAAAUCUAAACGCAGGUGAGGAUUCAAGAGAACCUGGUAGACCUUAUGUCCCCCCUCAUAUUCGCCAACGUGGAGGUGGUGGCUGCAGCAAUAACGAACGCCAGGAACCCUAUCAGCCCCCAAGAUUUUCCCGCGGCCGCGGUGGAAUUAGCGUAGAAUCUCAACGCGCCCGCGGUAGUCGAGCGCCACCAUCCUCGACUGGUGCUUUUGUGCGUGGCGUUUAUGUGCGCCCAGAACAUGGUGACGAUAGCCCCUCUAACGGGGAGCCUGUUAGAUGGUCAAAUGAGCAAUCGGGUUUUCGCAGGGGAAGCUUUGAUCGACCAGCUGAGGGCCCUUCUGGUUUUGCUUCGGGUCGUAGCAUGGGAUUUUCGCGUGGCGGCUCAUAUGGCGGUGGAAAAUCCUUUGAUAAUCGUAUCGACAACAGAAGAUAUUUUGAAUCCCCAAGUGAUUGGUCUCAGCAGCUUCCUGUAAAUGAACGCAUGCAAAAUGAGCUCUUUCACAAGGCCAACACUGGAAUUAACUUUGAUCAAUAUGACAAUAUCCCUGUCCAAGCGACUGGCCCUGAUUUUAACAGAGAAGAUUCUAUAAUAAACUCUUUUGCAGAUCUGCAGUUACAAAAAAUAAUAAGUGAUAACAUCGGCUUAUCUCAAUACACUCGGCCGACGCCAGUUCAGAAACAUGCCAUCCCUAUAAUUGCCAGUGGCAGAGAUCUUAUGGCCUGUGCUCAAACAGGAUCGGGAAAAACUGCCGCAUUCCUAAUACCAAUUCUAAAUAACAUGUGCACUCAAGGACCUGGAAGAGCACUCAUUGCAGUAGCUGAAAGCAAUCGGCGCAAACAAUAUCCAGUCGCUUUAAUCCUGGCGCCCACUCGAGAACUAGCAUCGCAAAUAUACGAUGAAGCCAAGAAGUUUUCUUAUAGAUCACACGUGCGUCCUUGUGUUCUUUACGGAGGGGCAGAUAUGAAAAGUCAAUUGGUUGAUUUGUCUAAAGGAUGUGGGCUACUUGUGGCAACUCCUGGUCGUCUUCUUGAUGUGAUGGAUCGUGGGCGUCUGGGUCUUUGUCACUGCAGAUUUCUCGUCCUUGAUGAGGCUGACAGAAUGUUAGAUAUGGGUUUCGAGCCUCAAAUAAGAAAGAUAGUCGAGGAAGACACUCUGCCCCGUGCAGGACAGCGCCAAACUCUAAUGUUCUCUGCAACUUUCCCGAACGAAAUUCAGGUAUUAGCGAAAGAUUUCUUAAGUCGUUAUAUAUUCUUGACCGUUGGGAAAGUUGGAAGCACGAGUGAAAAUAUUACUCAGCAUAUCGAAUGGGUUGAAGAUCAUGAAAAGCGAGAUGUCCUUGUCGAUUAUCUUGCUAACUCCGGUAAUUUUGAUUGA